AAGCCCCUCGGCAGCGGCCAGUUCGCGGAGGUGUACAAGGCGGUGGACGAGCAGGACCCAACGGGGAAAAAGAAGGAAGUGGCGAUCAAGAUCGAGCGCGAGGACAAGACGUCCUCGCGCGAGAUGAGGGCGCUCAGGGACCUGCAGGGUUGCAAGGGCGUCGCGAAAUUCGUGGACUCCGGCAGUAAGAAGGCGUCGCCGUUCAUCGUCAUGGAGCUGAUGAAGGCUAACCUCGCGGACGUGCGGUCGAAGAUCCCGGGGCAGAGGUACGCCAAGGCGACGACCGGGUGGAUCGGCGCGCAGAUGGUGGACAUCCUCCGGGGGAUCCACGAGAGAGGGUACGUGCACAGGGACGUCAAGCCCAGCAACGUGACCCUCGGCGGGAACCCAUCCCGCGACGACGCCGGACCCUCCACGCGGACCCUCUGCCUCAUCGACAUGGGCCUCGCGAAAAAGUUUGAGACGACGUCGACGCCCGCGAACACGGGCCCGGGCGCGUUCAGGGGCAGCACCACGUACGCGUCGAUGUUCGCGCACGCCGGGGACGAGCAAGGACCACGGGAUGACGCGUGGAGCCUCCUCUACAUGCUCGCGGAGUGCCACGAGGGGACGCUGCCGUGGAGGGCGUUGAAGGCGUCG